AUGUAUGGCUCUCCUGGGCCUGGUGCUCCUGGCAGAGGAGGUCGCCCUCCCCCACCCGGUGCUGGCGGAAGAGGCGGACCAAUGCGAGGUCCUCCUUUUCCGCGCGGUGGUGGCCCUCCGAAUCUCGGCAGAGGCUACCCACCUCCUAAUCGAGGCGGGCGGCCAGGGCCUCCAGACCGAUCCAUGACAUCAGACCCGAAUGCAAACCACCACGCACCUCCUAUCACGAGCCCGAACGAGCAAGAUUUUGGCAGUCCGUUUCCCGUUUUCCCCGGACAUGGCAGAAGGUCAGAUUUGGACGAGGAAACCAACAUCUUGAAUCGGAUGGGUGGAAUGGAUUUAAACGGAGGACGACCCGAUAUGCCACCUAAGAAUGGUCCUAGACCCGGUCCAGGGAGAGGUCCAGGUCCAGGACCCAGACGGGCGCCGAUGAUGGAUGACUACGGACGUCCGUCCAUGGACAGUCAAAGAAGUGGACGAGGACCUCCACCACAAGGAUAUCCCGAUCCAAGGCGAGGCCCACCACCCGACCAAGGUUAUGGAUAUCACGAUGAUGGAUACGGACCCCCAAUGUCGCCUUCAAGAGACGGAUUUGGACCACCGGGUCGAAGCAUGACAAUGCCUGCGAAUAAUGAGUAUAUGCGAAAUGGUAUGCCACACCCACCGCCGCCACCGCGUAUGGAUAGUGCGCCGUAUAGUAGUGGCCCUCCCGGACGCGGCCCGCCCCCUAUGCGACCUUCUACGGCAUCAGGCAACCGACCCCCUCCUCAAAGGAUGUAUCCUGACCAAGGUCCUCCGGGACCGUACAAUAACGGUUCACUACAACCGCCGGGAUGGAAUGAAGAACAACCAGACCGAGGCUCUAUCGGCGAUUUGUACGACUCAUACUACGACCAGAGAGUAAGUGGCGAGCAAUAUCCGCCUGGAAAUAACGUUCGCGAAGACAUCCCAGACUUUGAUGCGGUUCCUUCGCAGGGCCCACGAGAAUCGCUCGAGCAGCAUAUGCGUCCCGCCCAGCCGGGUAUGCCUCAACCUGGACCUGCCCGUCAGCCCGAGAUGUCGAGAGCCAAAUCACAGCCGAACUUGCGCGAACCACAAGCAGCAGUUUUUGAGAUGGCAGGUGACAUGCCACCCGUACCACCGGGUGGGUUUCAGGCGUACAAACCGCCUGGUGCUGCACCUGGUUUGCCAAGUACACCGAAUCCUCCAAGACGUAGUUCGGGAGGGACACCCCAGGGCGGACCUGGCUCCGGGCAUCCAGCGCCUAUCAGACCUGGCCUCAUGCCAAAUUCGAUGGUGAAUCUAAAUGACAAACCGGCCCCGAUUCGUAACUACACCGGUGGUACACCACCCGCAGCUGCCGGAGCACAAGGCCGAACCCCGCCGCCUCCGCCUCCGCAGAACGGACGACCGACGUCUGUCGCUGAAAAAGUCCCCGUCACACCCGAGGAACUAGAGCAUUUGCGCAAUAUCAUAAAGAAUGAUCCAAAUGAUCAGCAGUCUGCACUCACACUAGCGAAGAAGCUAGUUGAAGCAGCGGAUGUUCUAGUUCCUAGGUUGCCCGACCCCAAAGCGAGAGCAAGGUCCCGUGAACGAUAUGUGAUGGACGCGCAUAAAAUUCUGAAGAAACUUGUCAGCGCGCAAAAUGGCGAUGCCAUGUUCUUCUUAGCCGAUUGUAUGGGUCGUGGUGCUCUCGGGGAAACAGAUAACAAGGAAGCAUUCACGCUAUAUCAAUCUGCUGCGAAAAUGGGACACGCUGCGGCAGCUUAUCGGACAGCCGUCUGCUGCGAGCUCGGUAACGAUGAAGGUGGCGGCACGCGUAAGGAUCCGCUGAAAGCAAUUCAGUGGUAUAAGCGUGCUGCAACACUUGGUGACACGCCGGCGAUGUACAAGGUUGGAAUGAUCAUGCUCAAGGGACUGCUUGGUCAGCCUAAAAAUCCCCGGGAAGCUGUCGGAUGGUUAAAGCGAGCGGCCGAGCGUGCAGAUGCGGAGAACCCCCACGCUCUGCACGAGUUGGGGCUCUUAUAUGAGUCGGCGCAGCCAAAUGAUGCCAUUCUACGUGAUGAGGCAUAUGCCCUCCAAUUAUUCGAACAAGGGGCCCAGCUCGGGUACAAAUUCAGUCAGUUCAGGAUGGGAUGCGCUUACGAAUAUGGCUUGAUGGGAUGCCCAGUUGAUCCACGGUUAUCUAUAAUGUGGUAUAGCCGGGCUGCGACGCAGGAGGAACAUCAAUCCGAACUGGCCCUUAGCGGAUGGUAUUUGACGGGGAGUGAGGGUGUCUUGCAGCAGAGCGACACUGAGGCGUACUUGUGGGCUAGGAAAGCAGCCCAAGCCGGCUUGGCCAAAGCGGAAUAUGCUAUGGGUUACUUUACCGAAGUUGGAAUCGGCGUACCUGCAAAUAUGGAGGAUGCAAAACGGUGGUAUUGGAGAGCAGCAAGCCAAGAUUUCCCCAAAGCCCGCGAACGACUGGAAGAUCUUAAGCGGUCUGGUAGGAAUGGUCCUCGUCAACGUGAACGCAUCUCUCGAAGCAAGAUCGGCAAACAGCAGGAGGGCGAGUGCUCCGUAAUGUAG